AUGGACCCGCGCCCUGUAUCUAUCGUCUCAUUGGCUACCGCUGCCUACUCGGCGCUCCUCGCCGGCGCCCACUGGGCCUCCAUAGCGUCCCCGGACACGGAGACUAACCUCAAAGGCAUCUCAGACGUACACUCCCUUAUCUCCAGUACAGCUGCACUCUACGCAUUAUCCAAGAGAUGGCCUCACGAUGUCCAGCCCAAAAAGCACUCCGCCAGCUACCUGGACGACAGCAACAAUCCGCUCAUUGUUGGAAAGUCUGAUCUCGGCAAUGCCAUCACAUCUUGGGAGACGGGAUAUCUCCUCUUCGACACCGCCGUCAAACUCCUAUCCCACUGGCAGACGGUACGUGCUGAGCAAAGAGUUUCACUGCAACGCAUGCCCUUGGCCGUUUUGCGUAGAGAACCCUUGAUCUUAUUCCACCACUUUGCGCUCCUCGGAGGACUUGCGUUUCUGCAGGUCUACAUCGCCAAGGGGCGAGAAAGGGGAGUCUGGAUCAUCGUCGCGUUUAUCCUGAUGAACGCUUCCACGCCGGUGAUGCAUUGGAGAUGGCGACAGAGGCAACGCACUGGACGGACCACGUUAACUGCUGAUGUUCUCCUCGCGCUGGUGUUCGGAGCGAGUAGGCUUGGACUUGUCGGGUGGGUCCUCAAGCAGUAUGCCGACUAUCAUGGUAUUGGCGCUUGGGAUGCGUUUCAGAGACAGCGUGGCGUGUGCCGGACUGGUACGGCGGUGUUGUUUGGCAUGAAUGCUGUCUGGGAGGCUGCGUUGCUGAAGAGGAUCGCAGGCAGGAUUAUAUCGUCUUGGAACUCGUAG